UAUGAUUUAAACAAUGUCAAAUUAUUUUAAUAAUAUGAAUGUUGAUAUGCUUAUAUAGUAUGCUUAUAUAGUACUUUGAUAUGCACAUGUGUGUGGAAUAUUGUAACAACAAACUGCCCAAGUGAUGAUAUAAAGCCAGGAAGGGGGAGGGAAGGCAAAUGCACAAAAAUCUGCAAAUUACAUGUCACAUAGAUUACAAAUAAUUUAUCAGUUAAUAAUUGUAAUAUGUUAACAGCCCAUUGUGUUUGUUGAAACCUGAGAUUGCCUGAAAUUUUUUGAUGAAUUGAAUGAGAAGUUCCUAAAUUAACUUUAAAAUCUUACAUUAGUCUAGCGCUCUAGCCACUCUAAGUAUCUGAAAAAGGUACUACCAGGCUUCUGAUAUUUUUUCUUGUCAUCAUAAACUAAUACAGUUGUUCUUGUACAAUAUCCACAAGUGGUGAUAAGAGUGUAAAUGUUAAGAAAUACUACAGAAACAGUGUAUGGUUUAAUGCGGUAGUGUUGUGCAUAUAAAAUCCCCCGGAUUGAUCGAAAACAUAUAUUUUUUGUGGAGUUCACUUAACUAGAUGCAGUUCUACCUACUCAAACCUCUAUUGGAAGCCAACACUCUGUAGCCACUCCAUUUGUUCUCAAUGGAAGAUCUACCUUGGAGGAGACAGAAGUAUGCUGUAUUUCUCUGAAAUUAUUCUGAAACAUUGGACCUAGUGCAGAACUUGACUCUUUAAGUACAGAGCAUGUACAGAAUCCAUGCUGCUCCUAUGGUUAUAGAUGUUGUUAGAGCAGAUGUUAGAAAAGAUCUUUGGGUAAUCCAGUAGAAGUAUUUCAUAUUCCUCGUUUUCCUAAAUGAUAGAUAGGUCAUCCUUUUAGAGCUGAACAUAUUGUUGGCUCUACAAUAUAUGUUUUCAGAAUAAGACAUAGCUAUCUUAAAACGUUGCUUCAAGAGUCGCAACUCAGGUAGCCUGAUAAUGAAGGCUCCCCCCCUUUUUUCCUCCCUAAGGCUCAAAAAUGCCUCUCUUAACAGAUUUCCAUCUAGUCAGGUUACUGGUCUCAGCCAUACCCUGCAGAAAUUGCUGCCUAUGACCCAGAUUCCACUGGGGUGAGACUUUGGGGAGAUGGAUCUGCCUUUGGAGGAACCUCCAACCCAGCCUCCAUCAGAACCACUAUCAGCACCUCCAAAUUCUAUGCCAGUGUGUGAGCUCCAGACUGCUGUGUCUUGUUUUGCAGAGGAGACUGUUUCAUUCCUCUCUGUCAAUAGCUUGUUAAGCCAGUCCCUGCUCAGGGCAGCUGGCAGCCUGGGGGCACAGCAGAAAGAGCAAGGGGUGCCGUCAGCCAUGGCCCGGCGCAAGCGUGAAUUCACUCCAGAUGCGAAGAAGGAUGAUGGCUACUGGGACAAGAGGAAGAAGAACAAUGAAGCAGCCAAACGCUCUCGAGAGAAACGGCGGGUCAGUGAUUUAGCCCUGGAGGGACGAGUUUUGGCCCUGCUGGAGGAAAAUGCCCGCCUGAAGGCAGAACUCCUAGCCCUCAAGUUUCGCUUUGGCUUGAUCCGGGAUCCAGUAGAAGCUCCUCAACCAGCACUUACACUGGCCAGUGAACUCCAUCGGUCAGCCACUCUACCCCAGCACUUCCCAGUGGCUCCUGAACUACCCCGCUACCCUUGCACCUUCCACUCAGAGCCAGCUACCAGCUCUGAGGACUCUGGCUUUUCCACCCCAGGAAGCUCCAACCUGGGAAGUCCUGUCUUUUUCGAGGAACGUGACAGGUCAGAGGAAGGAAUUAUGUAUGAGAGGCAUUGCCUAGUACCCGAUGCUUCAGCUGAUGGAGCUGAUCUAGGCCGUGUUGGCCGUUACGACUCUGGGGAGAGCAUCAAAGGUCUUCCCCACAAGUUGCGCUUCAAAAUGGCAGUAGGGUCAGAGGAGAUAGCUGGAGAACAAUCUGGACAUUGCCCACCUUCUCCACCAGGAGGAACAUGGAGGGGGCUGGUGACACGAAAAGAGCAGCCAAGCUCAGGGUGUUCUGUAGGUACCCUGGCAGUUGAGAGUAAUUGUGAAACAGAAGUCUCCGGGGGCCCUCAAGAACCUGAGUACCAGGCAGAGAACCGUUCCCUACAAUGUCAGCUGGCCUCACUUUCAGCUGAAGUAGCCCAGCUGAAAAAACUGUUCUCUGAACAAAUCCUCAUCAAGAUGAAUUGAAGUGGGGGGACAAAGAUGGAAGAGGGUCACUUUUCUUUCCUUCUUUCUUAGGGCUACCAAAUAUUGGCUGCAAAAAUUGAAUUACCACUAGAUGGUAGGAAAGAGCUAACUUUUUAUCCAUUCCUUUCCUGCCAUAUGAAGUAGUCAACAAUUGUGCAGCCCAAAUCUUGUAUCCUUACCAGAUUUUUCCUCCUUACCCCAUCUUCCAGUGCUUCAUAUAUUUACAUUUGCAUACAUUUAGCCCUGGGAGUUUACUUUUGUUGUAAAGAUUUGUAUUAAGGAAAGCCCCUCCACCUUUUAACUGUGUGCUCUUUCUUGCUCUUUCCACAUUCUACAUUGAUUUCUGGUACAUGUAGUUAAGGGAGGCUAUCUAGAAUGGGAAUGCUUGGUUCAGUUUUGGUGGGGUGAAUGGGGCACAGCUACUGCUGGCAUCCUGGAGAGAAAGACUGGUGCAGCUCUGCAGUUUGUUGGCCUUUGGGAACUGUCCUGUUUGUUAUACCUAAGAAAGAUGACACUAAUCCAGAUGAGCUUCAGUUAGGUAAAUCUGUCCUUAAAAAGCAGGCAUUGCCUGGAUCAGGCCAAGGCUUCAGCAGCUACCCAGAUGCAUUUUGGAUGCUAGAAAUGUGGAUCUGAGGGCAAAAGCUCUUCCUCAUUGAUCUGUAUAUGUUGUGCAUGGUCCAUAAGACGAGUAAUAGUUUGAUCAGGGCUAUGUUAAAUGGACUGCAAAACUCUGAAUGACCAGUGGGUGGCAGCAGAGAACCAUUUACUGAUGGCCUUGAAUUUUGUAUCCUACAUCUGGUUUGUUUAUUAGUGUCAGAAGUGUCACCAUUAAAAUAAGGCAUACUAUACAACAUAAAAUAUAAAAUAUAAAAUACAAGAUCAAAGUAUGUACAAUUUAAAUAGUUCUUGCCCAGAAACUAGUAACAUUCGUUUUGUCAUGCUGCCAUGAGGUCCUCAAUUGUGCAUUGAUCAGGAUACUAAGGACAGAUAUACAAAUGUGUUGCUGUCUGCAUGUCAUCACAGUUGCGAAGGAGCCUUCCCAAAGAAUGUGUGUCCCUGGGCAACAUCUUAUAGCUGGCUAAUCCUCUCAAUCCAGAAGCAUCUGAAAGGUAGUGGUGAGGUGCUAGACCUGGUAACCUUAAGUACAAUUUUCCAUGACGCUAGGUAUGUACUAUAUUCCUUUAAGAGUUACAUUAGUGGCUAUUGUGAUCUGGACUUCUGGGAAAUAAUCAUUAGAAAAUUGUUUCUGAGCCCAAGUAGAUUUCAGGCUGCCUUAUGUAGCUUCUUUCUCCCCAUUUGGUUUGUCUAGGUAGACACUUGAAGUAGAUCAUGAUGAACAUUCAGGUAGUCCUCAAUUUAUAACCAUUUGUUUAGCGACUGUUUGAAGUUACAACAGUACCACUGGUCCUCGCACUUACAACAGUUGCAGCAUCUCCCAAUCAUGUCAUCAAAAUUCAGGCACCCUUAGCAACCGGCAUCUGAUAAGAAAAAUCAAUGGGAGAUGCCAGAUUUGGAUAACAAAUGUGUGAUUCACUUAACAACUUCAGUAAUUCAAUUCACUUAUUAAUCAUGACAAAAAAAUUGUAAAAUUGUGCAUAACUGACUUAACAACCACCUUGCUUAGCAAUGGAAAUUCUAGUCUAAGAAUGGCUGUAAAUCAAGAACUACCUCUACAUCAGCUGUAAAGAUGGGUGAACCCAGAAAAAUUAGCAAAUUGGUUUAGAACAAAGUCUCUGGAUUUCUCAUUACUUUUCCCAGUACUUUAGAUGUGCCUGGAAACUGACUCUGAGGUUUGAGACUGUGCUAAAAGUACUCUGCACAUGCUCCAACAUGUUCUUUAUUCAUAUUUUAUCUGUUUCAGUGUGAAAAUUUGACAUUGCAAGUAUUCGUUGAAGAACUGUUAUCUGAUUAGUCAUCUGUUUUUGAAGUUUGUUGUUUCAGUGAUUUAAUAAACGCUUGAAUUACUGUA